UUAUCCCUUUUUCGUGUAAUAUCUAGUAUCACCACGUACAAGAAAAGAGUUGACGAAUUAGUAGACUAAGUAUCUUAUGCUGUUUCAAUCUCUCAUGAAUUGGGAUUAUUCCAUUAACAUCAACAACAUGAACACGGACACUGUCGCAGAGUCAAGAUCAACAACGCCUUUCACUGAUUGUCUCAAUCGCAUGCAUCACCCUGCUUCCCUUGACCUCGUUCGAUCCAUCAAGAGCUUUAUAGUAUCCUUUUCAUUUUACCAACCGAAACCUGAAAAUGAUGGGAAAAGAGUUCAAGAUUUUUUUCUGUCAAUGGAAGCAGCAAUGCGAGAUCAUCCACUGUGGACAACUGCCUCUGAAGAAGACAUUGAUUGUGCCUUGGAGGGUUUAGAAAAAUACGUAAUGAUUAAAUUGUUCUCUCGAACAUUUUCUGCUACUCCUGAGGAUGCUAAGAUUGACAAUGAAAUCUCUGAGAAAAUAAGCUUGCUCCAAACCUUUCUGAAGCCUGAACAUUUGGAUAUACCGCCAAUUCUUCAAAAUGAAGCUUCAUUGCUGCUUGCAGAGAAAGAAUUGCUGAAAAUCAAUGCCUUCAAAUCUCCCCAUGAGAAGCUCCUGAGCAUUUUGAAUUGUUGCAGAGUCAUCAACAAUGUGUUGCUAAAUGUUGCAAUGUCUGAGCAUGUUCCUGCUGGGGCAGAUGACUUUCUUCCUGUGCUCAUAUAUGUUACGAUCAAGGCAAAUCCUUCAAAGUUGCAUUCUAACCUCAAAUUCAUCAAGUUGUUCAGAAGGCAAGAAAAACUUAUAUCAGAAGCUGAAUAUUAUUUCACAAAUCUAGUGUCAGCAACGUCAUUUAUAGUUGACUUAAAUGCCAAAUCACUUUCAAUGGACGAAAACAAAUUUGAGGAGAGCAUGCAAGCAGCCAAGUUGAUGAAUAAAGUCACAAAUGAAUCAUCCUCUACAUGUCAAAUGAGCCAGCAACAGAACAACGAGUGCAGUUUCUCAGAGAAAAUGCCCCACAAACCUAAUGCUACUGGAGUGUUUGAAGUUUUAGAACAUGGAUCAAAUUAUCCUUACAUGGAAGCAGAGAGCAAAGGGCUAACAGUUGGAGAUGUGGAGAUGCUAUUAAGUGACUACAAGGAUUUAGUUAAUAAGUACACAAUUCUGUGCAAAGCUAUUAGUUGUCUUUCCACGUCAGAGAGAGAACCCCUCCUUCGUCAGAUAGAGAAACAGAGUGCAGCAACUCUGAUUUCACACCAUCCAGGUACCCACCAACAUAAUUAAUUAAGGAAAAUGAUUUUUUGACUACUAAAUUUUGCUAACUUUUUCUUAUAACCUUAGGUGGUAUUUUCUAAGUGGUUUUCUAUUUUUCCAUUUACCCAUUCUUAAUAUUUCAAAAUCAUUUAGAAAAUGUCACCUCAUGUUAUAAGAAAAAGUUGUCAAAGUUUAAUAGUAAAAAUAUCAUUGUCCAUUAAUUAAUUCAUAAUUAGAAUGCCACUGGUUGUACAUAUCUACCCAACAUUUAUUAGAUGUGUAUGGUCUCUAGAAUUUUUUUCACAUUGUCAACCAAUCAGAAAUCAUUGCUGGUA